AUGGGUAACGCAGCCACCAGCAUAGCAACUCGUGUGUCAGGUCUAACUUCUGAAGCUCUAGAAAAAGAGCUCAAGGGAGAUCUGAGCAUUCUUGGUGACCAAAAACUGUUUUUCAAUCAUAGCGCUCUAUUAACUCGAGGAGACCUCAAUAAUUAUCAGGUCCCAGGCUCAUCAUCAUCUGCCUCAGCCAAGCUUGAAGACCUGAACUACAUAAAUGAAGAGCAAAUGCUGUGCAGCAUGGAAGACAAAAGCUUUAUAAAAGAAAGGCACACAAAAGUCGUCCAAGGUUUACUGAAUGAAAUCGACUUACGUAAAGGGGAAGACUCAAGCUCAGUUGAGAUGACAAAAAAACUUCAAUACCUGAGCAAAACUUAUGAAGCUCUUCUUAGAAUGGAUGAGCGUGAAAAAAGAAAAUCAAAGCCAGGAGCUUCAAAAACUAAAGAAACCCUCAACCCAAUUGCCAAAUCAGGGUUAUCUUUUGGUCUGUCUUCAUUGUUUGGGAUAAUUAAGGUUUUAGGCUCUGAUAAGCCUGAGCUUUAUAAGAUUAUCAUAGAAGCUGCUUCAAGUAUAUAGCGCUUUCCCGAGGAUGGCGCGGAAUGGCGCCAUCCCUCGGGAAAGCAGGAAGGCAUCCACACGGGAACUGGGAGUUCCACGUGUGGAUGCCAUUUUGACAUGUGGAAGUUUUGGAUCCCACAUGUCAAAAAUGGCAUCCACACGUGGAACUCCCAGUUCCCGUGUGGAUGCUUAGUUGACUUUCUCGAGGAUGGCGCCAUUCCGCGCCAUCCUCGGGAAAGCGCUAUAGUUUCUGACUUAAGCCCAAUGGCACUUAAUGAUAACGACCCUUCGAUCUCUCAAGUAGUUUCAUCAGUUCUUGCAUUUUUCAACUCAAUGCUAAGAAGAGAGCUCCCAAAUAUCCAAGAAGAAGACAUAAAUGCCUGCUAUUCAAUUCUUUUUGGGCUUUAUGUCGCUACAGGGAAUUUGUGUACAGCCUUAGCAUUAGCUUUAACAUUUGCCAAUUUUGACCCAAGUCAAGAUCAUUCUCCAAUUUAUAAACAAAUUUUCCCUAUGCUAGCGAACUUUAAGGACCUUACGAAGCUAAAAAUAAGUGGCUCUUUUGCUUGGGAGACUGAAAAGAAAGGGAAAGGCUUACUCCCCAUCGGCUGUUAGCAAAAACAUAAUUCGAAAAUUCGCAUUUUUUAUGAGCAUAAUACCCCUUUAUUUAAUGAAUAAAAAAGUUUAUUAUAAUUUUUGUCCAAGCUAUAUCGUGAAUAUAUAAUUAGGAUUAAAAUAAAAUCUCAAACAAAUUAUAUGAAUACACCACCACCGUAAAACAUAAAUUUAAUAUCAAAUAAUUACAAAUUUAAAUCUUUAAAAAACAAAUUUAAUAUUUUUUCAAAUUAGCAAGCUGGAAUUUUUGGACAUUAGCCAAGUGGAAAAAGUUAGAAAUCAGAAGCGACGAGCCAGAUGUAUUAGUCAGAACAAUCACUGAUGGCUGGGGAGCUAAUCUUUCAGCAGAAGCUUGGACAGAAGGGGUUCACUAUGUUGAGAUGCUUUGGACUGAAGGUCAAACUGACUAUGUUUACUAUGGAGUUUGUAAUGGAAAUUAUCCAAACCUUGACACGACCCCUGAAGAGCAAUCGUUUGCUCUCUCUUAUAAACCUGCCGGAGGUAUCUUUAAAGCUGGAAAUGAAUUGUACGCCUUCGAAAAAUAUCAAGUCGGUGAAAAAGUUGGACUUCUGCUAGAUAUGGAUGAGCGCUCAGUUCUUUUCUUCCAUAACGGAAAAGAAGAUCCCAAAGGACCUAUUCGAGAACUUCCUGAAAGUAUGAAACUAUUUAUGUGUCUUGGAGGAAUCAGCAAACACAAAAUCGUCUAUAAUCCCGAAGAUAUGCCUGCAAUGGCUCGCAUAAAAGUUGAUAAUUAUUUGAAAAAAUUUAAAGUAGAAGUGAAUCUUGAAGAUUUAAACGUGAUUGAAAGGGCUAUCACAACUGGAGAAAUGGCUGAUGACUAUCUCCAAAUGAAGCCUAUUGAGCUCACACACUAUAUUCUUAAAUCAUUUGAUGCCUUAAAUGACGGUAUCAUAGAAAAAUUAGAAAAUAAAGAGAAAAAGGUGAAUGUUGAAAAAAGAAUGGGGCUUUCCCUUGACAUCAAGAAUGAAACUGUCGAAAUUUUAGAAAAACUGGCUUUGACUUGCAUUGAAAAAAUUCACUCAGAAAAUGUUGAAAGAGAAUCGAAAGAAAUUUAUUCAGAAAUGCUCGUUUAUGUGCUAAAACUCACCAGAUCUCACUUAAUUGGGUCGGACAUGAUCCCAAAUGCAACUUUAGAAAGACAGCUAAGGACAAGAAUUAUGAAAAACACUAUGGAUCUAAUAAAUAGCAUGCCAGGGUCCAAGGCUUGUGAAGAAGCCACCAAAAUUGUGACAUCAUGCUUUUCUGUCUUUUAUAAGGAUCCGCAGGAGAAAUUGUCCUAUUUAUUAGAUAGACUUAAAGAUCAAAUGGACGGAGUUGAGAUAUCAGGUAUCUUUAAAGAGCUUGAAGAUAGAAUUUUCCUUGAAAUGGCUCGACCUGACAAACUUUUCCCAGCCUUAGAGCUUAUUAAUGACGAGUCUCAGCAUUUAGUUGAAACUUAUUUCAAGUACUUGAUUGAGCUUUCUUCAGAAAUUUCCAAGAAGCUUGUGAGGGGAGAAGAGACAUCUGUUGGAAUCUUGAAACUUCUUGAAACAAGUCAAAUUGCUUUAUUCGGUCAAGCUGCUAAAUCUAACUUCAAAGGAAAAUGGCAAGAAAUCUUAAUGAACUACUCAUUAAGUGUUUUCCAGAACUGUGAAGAAGUCCUUCAUAUUGUGAAAGCAAAAGAAAAAGGGUCUUCAUUGUCAGAUGCACUCACAAACACUAUACGAAAAACCAUCCUUGCAGAUUUAUUAGAAACUCUUCUUUACAUGUUGUCUUUAACCAGAAUGAGCCUUGAUUUCUUGGCAAAAAUUUUGCCAGUUUUGCAGAGCAUCACAACAUCUCUACAACACUUUGACCCAAAGCCAAAAAUCUUAAAUAAAGGUUGGGCUCUAGCUGCAGGAGAUGCUUAUGAAAGUAGUCACAAUUACGAUAACAGUCUUGAUAUUACCCACACUGUAAAGAUCAAUGGAGCAAGAAAAUAUUAUUUGGUCUUUGACCCUCAAUGCAAAACCGAGAAGAAUUGCGAUUAUUUAGAGCUUUGGAAAGAUGAUAAAAAAGAAGAAAAGCUCUUCAGAUGGGACGGAGACGAUUUUCCAAAGAAUGGGGAAAGAGUUGAAGUAAAUACCCCAUAUUUGUUCUUCACAUUCCACUCUGAUGGUUCAGUCAACUAUUGGGGCUGGAAAAUUGAUAUUUUCGGAGAAAUUCAGGCUGAUUAUUAUGCUAAACAAUGGCCAGAUACCACAAAAGACGCAGCAGGGAUUAUGGUUGGGUUUAUCAGCGUAAAAUUGAUUUCAGGAGAAUUUGAGACAACACCAGAAGAUGAAAAAGUGAAAGCUUUGCUUCAAAACCCUCUGCUUAAAUACGGAAUUUCUGAUAAGACUUUGUCACUUGUUAAACCUCAAAACCCUAUCCCAGAAAGUCUGAUCACCCUUACCCAAGUGCCAGGAAUUGGAGAAAAAGUUAAGCCUAAGAUGUUGAAUCAGUUUAUUAGAAGCGAUCCUACUAAAAAGCUGGUAUGCAAUAAUAAAUCAGAGCUGACAUUGCAAGAGUAUAUUGACUCUUUUGGAAAAUGGGGAGAUGCAAAGUAUUCUGACAAUCAGUUUAUCAACGAUUUCAUUGAAGGGAAUAGCGAAAUUGUAAGAGAUUGGAAUACCCUGAAAAGUUUGAGCGGAGUUAGCGAAGAAGAUUCAGCAAUUGGAGGACCAGAUUUUGAUAAAGCAGAAAGAGCCAUUUUCGCUGUUUAUGUAGCUUUCUUUGAAUUUGCUGAGACUUUCAAAAACCUUCUUCAAGAUCCUACAAGUGUUGGAUCUACAGUCAAAUACCUCGUAAAAGAUGCAGUCAAAUAUAGAAAAUGGGCUGAUAAGUACAUCCAAAAAUCGAAAGAAACUGUAUCCAUGACCUUUGAAGAAGUUUCUAAUCUCCUCCUAAUAGUUAGAAAAAACCUGAUUUUUAUGAAAAUUAGAAUCCCUCAUUAUCAAGCAAAGAAUUUUAAUUUAAAAUAUUGUUAAGAUAUAUUGAUGUAUAAUUAAUUAUUAUUAUUAUUAUUAUUAUUAUUGUUAUUAUUAUUAUAAUAUAAUAAUAAUAAUGAGAUAUGCUAAUUCUAUAAAUUUUAAAAAAUGCAUUAUAAAAUAUAACAGUUUUAAUUAUUCUAGUCAAUCUUUAAAAUUAAAUAAAUUAUAAUGAGAAAAAAUUCUUACUCCCUAUCCGUGAGUUAACAAAAAAAUUUUUUCACUCACGUAAGGGGUUAAUUUUUUUUUUAAUAUAAAUUUUAUAGAAAGUUUUUUCAAAAAAAAUCCUAAUUUACGGAAAUUGGAAGCAAAUAUUAAUUUAAUUUGUAAAAUUUAUCUUUUAAAACGCAAUUUGUUUAAAAGUAAACAGAACUAGUUCGAGAUUUCAUUAUAUUAAUUAUCACUUAUAUAUGAAUUUUUGCUCACUAUUUUUUGGGCAAAAGAAUAGGGAUUUUUCCAAUGGUUUUGUUCACUCACGGAGGGGGGGAGCUAGAUGCGAGACUGGAGACAGAGUAAAAGAUGUUGUAGUUAAAUGCGCUCUGUUAAUCAAUUCGCAGCAUAAUCAAGGAUUAAAUGAGCUUGGGAUUACUAAAAUAAUGAAACAUUUGGUAACAACUGUAGUCGGAGAAGCCAGCAUUCCUAAAAUGAAAAAAAAAGAAAGCAAAUGGAAGCAAGUCAAAGGAGGAGUUUCAGCAGCUUCAAGCUUAGUUGCUAUGCUAGGAAGGACUGAAAGUGAAGACGAAAGCCACUCAGAAGACGUUAAAGAAAUCAAAAAAAUAUCUGAACUUAUUCUUUCUUUACUCGAAACUCCAGCUUCAGCUGAAAAAAUUGUAGACACCAUUGAGAAAAGAAGAGUGAAAGCUAUGGCAAGAGCUCUUGGACUUUCUAGCUUAGGAAACUUAAUGAGCUUAUCAUUUAGAAAAGAAACUUCACUAAUAAGAUCCUUUGUUGACUCUUUGAAGCAAAACAAUGUAAAAUUCCAUUAUUGGGAUAGUGUUGAAGGAAUUGAUUCAAACCUAUUAAAGUGCAUCCAAAAGUCAUUUUAUAACAUCUAUGGAUACUUGCAGAGGGAGCUGCUCAAAUCAAAAACAGAAGCCAUCGAAAGACCUUUCUUCUCCCAUUACUUGACUGUUUUAGAUGCAUUAUGCUUCCCAUUAAAAGAGUCUGAUAAUCUUAUGAUAGUAGAACAACAAUUCCCACUUAUCAUUUCUCUUUUAUUGAAUUGGUCUAAAGGCUAUAUAGGAGAAGAAGUUGAGACCAAAUCAUUCCUUUUGGAUCAGUGCAUUACAGGAUUCAAAAUCUUGGUAGAAGCUGAUAUCUCUGACGAUGUUGAUAAAAUUCUCUUAGAAGCCAGAGAAGGAGAAGGCCAGAAUCUCUAUUUAAUUAUUGAGCAUAAAGGAGCACUUCCUGUUGUCGAUUUCCAAGUCACAUCUGAAGAAAUUGAAGGAUAUGAAAAUUUAGGCCAGUUCACUCAGAAUGGAGAAUCCAAACAUAUUUUCAUCAAAAAGAGCGAACCAAGUGCAAAGAGCCAAUUUCUGGUCAGUAUCCAGGAGAACCUUGAAUGUGAGUACAGGCCUUAUUGUGAUCUAUUAGGUGAGGAAUCAGAAGAUGAAAAGCAAUUAAGAGAAAGCCUUAAAGAUAGAUUAUGCAGAACAGCAUGGGCUGCUUAUAAGCUUUUAGUAUUUAGUGCAGUGGGAAAUGUAAGCCAAAGUAAUUCAGUUGUCAAACAGACUGUCCAAGAUCUGUUUUUGAAUUCAAUUUUUAAUGAAUUAAAGUGGGAUCAAUCGCUAUUGGAAUUGGGCUACUCAGGUCUAAAACUUAAUGUAGCAGUUUCAGGGGAGUUGUGGGUAAAUAAAAUGAACGCUAUCAAAGCUUUUAAAAAGAAUCCAAUGCAAGAAUGGGUCAGGCAGUUUAAUAAAGAGACUGAAAAACUAGGAGAAUCCAUGUUGAAGGAAACGAUUAACGAUUUAAUCGCCAAAGCUGAUCCUGCAAUGAAAGGAGUUUUAACUCCUGCUGAAAUUUCGAAACUUGAUCCUGAGAUCUCAGAACUCCUUUCAAGCCAAGAUGCUUACAAAAAUUCUAAAGGAAAUUUCGAUUUCUUUAAAUAUAUCAACUCGGUCUAUGCUAUUAAAAAUACACUUUCUAAAGAAGAUCAGUAUUAUAUUGAACAUUCUAAGAUCUGGACUCAAAUACCAGAAGAUUUCGAGCAAGCAGCUUUAUCUUAUGAUUUCUGUAAUCUUGAAACCAUAUAUAAAAAUAUUGUUUCAAGGUUCAAUCCUAAACAUCAAGGAAAAUCUUUCCAACAAUUAAUUGAUCUUUUCGAGUUAACAGAAACAAAAGGCAUCGUGCAAAGUGACAAAGUUCAAGAAGAUUGCCCAGCAGAAUUCAAAAACGAAGAAGGCAAUUUAGAUUUGUAUGUAGCAAUGCAUGCAAUAGCCAAAGACCAGAACAAGUUUUUCGAUUAUUAUCAUGAGCUGAAGUGGGCUCUUCUCCAGUAUGAUGAUCUUCCUAAUAGCUGUUUAGAAGUAUAUAAAGAAAAAAAAUCUGCAAGUGAAUAUAUGACUUCUCUAUUGUGGACAAUUUAUGGGUGCCUCGGAUCGAGUACAAUAGUGAGCCUCUUAGCUCGUGAAGAAUAUCUUGCAGAGCUCCUUAAAAUUACUUUCCUGAGCAGCGCAGAAAGCAACUUUGCCCUUGGGUCUCGCAUCCUCAAAGCAAUUCUCCCAUCUCAGCACUCACCCCAAACACUAGGUGCAAUCUGGACUACUCUUCCUCACUUUAACUCUGAAAGCACAAGCACUGACUUUGUCCAAUUUUUGCUUAAAAGAAUUGGGAAAAUGACUUAUUGGUAUGGCUUCAGAGAUGCAAAAAGCAAACUUUUCAGAUGUGGCUAUGAAGCACUUGUGCUUUUGAAAGAACUCAUGAACAUAGAAAGAUGGAGAGGCGAGGUACUCACCACAAUUAUGAAAUCUUUGAACGAUGCUUGCCAAAACUUAAGGGAUGGAAAAGCACUUCCUAUGUAUCAAGUUGGAGCAAUCGAAGCUUUAGCAAUUUUAUCGAAGCAGGUUGAUAUUUUUGGAAAUGAUCCAAUUGAGUUGGCUGAAGCAAAACUAAUUAAUUCUAAGAUGACAAGAUGCAUCAUAAGAGCAAUUGAUGGGGACACAGUAAAUAUUUAUUCUCCUGUCACUGAUGAGACAGUGUCAGUUAAUACAGAGUCCAUUGCUUAUUUAAGGACGAUCAACAACUUUAAUGCCAUGAAAAUACUUAGCCAAGAUGAACUGCAGAGCAUUAAAGACUCGGCUAUCAAUUUGUGGUUUGCUCUAAUUGAAUCAGAAUUUUUGCGUUUCAAUAUGAAAUCUGAGAGAACUGCUUCGUUCAGAACCCUUUAUGCUCACUUAAUUCCUCAUUUAAAUAAAUAAUUUAUUUUGCUAUUUGUAGUAAAUUUUUUUAGUGACAUCUCAAAGCAUUUUAAAAUUAAUAAUACUGAAAAGUCAUUGAUCAGAGGGAGAAAUAGAAAACGUUAUUGUCAAUGCAAUUACACUUAUCUUAAAAAAGAAAGAGAUUAGCGACGAAGAAGGGGCAGACUUAUUAAGAUCUAUCAUGAAGCAUGCUAAAGCUGAAACUAGAGUCUUAGGAAAUAAAGAAAAGCAGCUGCUUAUUAAACAAAUUCUAACUCCCUAGUGGGAGAGCGAAAAAAUUUGCUUGGGGGUAAAAUGUUUUAAAAAUUUAUAGUAAAAUAUAAACUUUAAAAGUAAAUUUAUUUGUAAAAUUUAUGCUUAGAAUGCAAGCUGUUUAAAAUCUAAGAAGUAAUUUGAUAUUUAUCAUAAUUUAUCACUUCUAUAUUUACAAAACAUUAUAUUAUAAAAAUUUGUUGUUCUCUCUAACUCCCCCCCCUCCAUCCUUGAUCGAACGACUCGCCAUCGUUUGAUCAAGGAUGGGGGUUAAAAAAAUUGUUGGGGAAAAAAAUGAUAUAUAUAGAAAAUAAAAAAAAUAUUUUAUUUUAAUACUUUUAGAUAAGAGGGUUAAGAGUAUUUAAUAAUUAUUUUUACAACAAAAAAUCGAAUUAAUUUCAUAAGAAUAUCAACUUUUAAUAUUUUGAUUUAUUAGUUACCCUUUUAAACUGUAUAAAUUUUGAUUGUUCUUUAUUGAAUUAAAUUUUUUUUGUUUUUUUAAUUUUAGAAAAUCUCUAUUUUUUAGAUUAUUGAGUUUUUAAGCCUAGAUUGAUGACUAAAUCACUUCGAAUGGUUGAUUUCGUAGCCUUCUGUCGUCUCAAAGCUUCUGAAAACAACUUCAUUAGGCAAAUUUCCCAAGCUUUGAUAACUAAUAUAUUUUUAUAUAUAUAAAAAUUUGCAUGAUAUGAAAAUCGUUCGAUCAAGGAUGGGGGUUAAUUUCCCCAAUUUUUAGGAAUUUUUACAGUCAAUCGUUCGAUCAGUAUUGGGGGGGAGUAAGAAUUAUUUUCGUUCCACAAAAUAUAGGGAUUUUAAUGUUUUUAGGAGAGAGUAAAGACAAUCGCAGAAAAAUACAUUUAUGACGACUUUACAGAUGAAGAAAUAAUGGAAAUGUUUUCGAAUGCUAGCGAUAAAACCAAAUACCUAAUUGAAGAACUGACAAAAGAAAAUAUUCUGACAAUGAUCAUCGCUAAGUGUCUUGACAAAGGAAUCAAGGAUAAAAAUGGGAUUUUAGAAUUUGCUGGAAAAGUAGAAGAGCCAAAAUCAACCCUAUUAUUCAAGCUUCAGCAAAUUGAAUCUAUAGAACUUGAAACAUCUGAUAUCGCUGGAUAUGCUGAUAUUUACCAAAAUUCAAGUAGCCAAUUCGUGAUAGAAAAUAGUAACUUCACAACAUCAAGAAAAGAAAUAACGACAGUUCCUGACUUGUCUGUAUUCAGAAACACAACACAGUUUGUAGAGUCUUUGACUAUUCUAGCGCAGUUAGAAGGUAUUCACUAUCAAAAUCAGUUGUCAUAUGGUCUCAAGCUUGGAGGAGUGGAUAUAGGAAUUAGCACAAGCUCUGGAUCGCCAAGCUUUGAAGUCAAUGGCAGUGUUGUCUGUCCUGCCAAACUUGGUGAGGUAUUAGCUGUUAGGGUUUAUUUAAAUCCAAAUGGAGAAAUCAGAAUAAUUAAUGAAAACACCAAAGAAACCAUUGAUCUCCAGGAUACAACUACAUUUAAUGGCCUUCAAAUGGGAGCUUAUGGACUUUAUAUGGAAGCUGGCACAAGAGCUUCAUUGUUAACUUUCGAAGUAUAUGACGGUAAAAAUACAAAGGCUACACCAACAAAAGUUAAUAAAUCCAAAGAAGCUGAGACUUAUAAAACAAUCAAAGUCACUCAAAAAUCUGACAACUAUGAUAGGCUAAGACUAAAACUUUUAGGCUUGACUGAAGACCAAAUAACUCAAGCACUAUCAUCAGACAGAGACUUAAGGUCUAGCUUAGACUACGUUUCUCAGAAUUUCCCGAACGCUUUCCAAAAUACCAUUAGCUCUCUAAACCAAGAUGUUAUCACUGAGCUAAAACUGGUUAAAACAAUUCGUGAAGUCCCUAAUGGAUUUACAGCAGUUCCUAUCUAUGAAGAUGGCAAGCAGAAAGAGUUCAAUAUUCCAAAGAGAAUGAUUUUAUGUGCUAAAAAAGAGCAGGUUACUACUGGAAGUGGGUACUCAAGCAUUGCUCUAGGCACAGAAGCUAAAGACCAUAUAGAUUUAGGGAACUUUGACCCUGAAGACCAAGCAAGUGACUCUUUAACUCACAUCUGGGUAAAGCAAGGAGAAAUAGAAAAAUCCUGUAUAAAAGAUAUCAUUUUCAUCAAAUCUUCUUCAAUGUACAACGUAAAAGUGCCAUUUGGCUAUAAGAUAAUUAAAGAUGAGGAAGGCAACGCGAUAAAUCUUGGCCAUAACUUAGGAAAGAAAUCAGUCUUAUUUUUAGCUGCAAAGAUAAGUGAUACUGCUUUGAACUGCGCGCUUACACCAUUCAAGAAGAUGAUCUUAGCUAAAAUGCCACUAUGCGGAUUACUAGAAACUGCAGAAAACAACGAAACAAAAGUUAAAGACGACGCUUUUGAUGCUCUGUCUAUUCAAGAGCUCUUCAGUCACUAUUAUAAGUUUAUGGAUUCCUCAAAGCAAGUUUCAUAUAAAAAUCUUGCUCUAAUGCUCAUCAAAAAAUGCCCAACCUCUAUUGUAACAAUAAUAUGCAAAAAUUGUGGUAGGCAUUGUAGCAUGAGUCUUUAUGUAUACCUGGCUUAUUUUUAGUCAUAAAUUAGCCCAUCUAUAAUCAAUAGUUUCAAAGUGACUGAUUUUCGCUGACAUUAGUCUUAAAAAAUAUGGAAGAGCAAUUUUUAUUUGGCGUUAAUUAUCAAUAGCGUGAGUUAGAAAUAGAGGAGGCCAGCUUAUUCAAAAUUUGACUUACGACAUUCAUCUACCAAGAAACUGGGUUUUGGUCUGGUCUCGAGACGAUAUGGUCUGCCGACUUGUGGGCUAUGCAUUAGAGGAAAAGGGACUAUAGAUUUCACUAAUAAUCUAAUCUAAACUAUUGCAACAAUAGCUCUGGAAUUCAGUAUCACCAAAUUAUUCGAUUUCUUACUCUAAAUAGAUCUGCGAAAUCAUUGAAGAUAUUAUAUAUCCUGGGAAUAUAAAAUAAAUUGUUUAUUAUAAUUUUAUAUCAAAUCAUGAGUAUUAUGAAAAUCUCGAGCCAAUUAUUAUAUUUUAAAUAGCUCAAAAUCCAAAAAUAAUUUUUACUUUAACUUUAAAAUUUAGUAUUUUGAAAAAAAUUUAUAUAAAAUAUAAAAUUAAAAAAAUCGUUUCUUUAACAGUAAAAUCGCUUGCUUACUUUUGUAGGAGGAAUUUAGGAAGCUCUAUCAAUAAAAUUGCUAAAAAGAUUGAUACUUUACUAUCCCAGGACAAUCCGAAAUUCAAGGACAAGCUUUUCAAGGACUGUCUAGAAAGGAUGCUUACUCCUUUUGCAAGCCAUCAAAAAAAAUCUAUAUUUUAGGAGACAGACUGCAUAGCAAAAAUAUUUGAUAUAAAUAAUAAUUAACGAUUACAAUAAUGAGAAUCACUAUGUAUUUCUUUUAAACUUAAACAGCUUGUGUCCUAAAACAUUAAUAUUAUGAAUUAAAUAAGAUUUUAUUUCGAUUUGGCUAUUUUUAUUUUAAUAGAAAAAAUUAAAUCACUGGUUAGCAGCAAGUUUUUUGGCUUACUAAUUAAGGAUGGAAAUUAGAUGUUUGAUAUAUACAGAAAAAUCAGGAGCAUCAUUGUCUUCUUUGACAAUUGAAAGUCCAACCCACCCAUAUGAUAAUAACAUGGAUUUAGAUCAAGAAAUCAGAAUUCCUGGAGCUAAAAAACUCAAAUUUGUGUUUGAUCCACAAUGUAAGACUGAAAGUGGUUGUGAUCCUUUAAGAUUCUACAAGAAUCCAGGCAGAGUUGAUGAAAUCAAAUGCAUUUCAGGAGAAGGAGAAACAAACUGGGCUCAAUUUGAAGUAGAUGGAGAAGUUGUUUAUACAUAUUUCCACUCUGAUGGAUCAGUUAACUAUUGGGGAUAUAAGUUUGAAGUGAUUCCUGAAGGCUCAAGUUCUGUAGUCGCAGAACAUCCUUGGCCUGCUAUGUGGGUGCUAAAUAAGAUUUCAAGCAUGAACCCAAUACCUAAAGAAUUUAUGGAAAUAACGCACCCUAGGUGUGUCCAGCCUAUUUUCUUGCAUUCUCUUUCAGCAAACAAUUUAGAAUUGAAGCUUGACUCUGUAAGAAUUUUGAAUAAGAUCAUAAGAGAUCAGAAAGGCCCAUUGUUCAAAAAUAUACUUAACAUCUUGAUUGCUCAAGCAAAUGAGCUUCAUAAUGUUGUGAGCUCUAAUAAAGCAGAAAAUAGUUUGAUGCAAGCAACUGCAAGGCUCUUAGAAGAUGCUUCACAUAAAUUCCAACUUACUGGAGAGGAGCUUUGGUUUAUGGAAUUUUGUGAGCUUGUUUCUGAUAUUAAAGGUCUAACUCCCCAAGCUAUUAGCGAUAUGCCCAUAAACUUCUUACUCUCUCUUUAAAUUGGAAUACAUAUUAGUAAAAUUAAACAUGUUCAUAAUUUAUAUAAUAACUUUGAUACCCAAUGUAAAUUUACCUAUAAUGUGAUCAAUUUUAACAAAUAAGAAUAAUAUGUAAACCAAGCUACUAUAGUUGUUGAGGCUUAGAGCACCAGUACACUAGUAUUUAUUUGUAACUGAUAGCCUUUUACUAUUCAGAAGACUACCAGAAUAAAUAUGGGAUUUUCCCAUGUUUUGGCCUUGAUUUCCCACUAGUAAAAUUUUUUGGCUUGAUAUAACCAUAUGGUACUGGUCGAACCAAAAAUUUUUCCAGUGGGAAAAUCAAGGCUAAAACAGCGCCAUCCACAGGAAAUUGCAAUAAUUAAUCAGUGCAUUUAUGCAUAAAAAAUUACAACAGAUUGCGCUUUAAAUUGAAAUAAUUUUUAUAAAAAAUUUUAUUAAAACACUAAAGUUAUUUAUAUAAUUUUUAUUGUUCAAAAACAAUUUAAUUUUAUAUAUUUUGUUUAACUUUAAAGGAGGAAGUUAGCCAGCCUCCAAUACUGAAAUAAUAUUUUUUAAAAUUGAAACUAUAAUUGAUCAGCAUUUUCAGCAAUUUUAAAAAAAAAUAUUGUGAUAUAGUUCCUAUGUCCCCAACUUAUUUAAAAAUAUUUAAAUAAGUUAUAUCCUUAUUGAUGGCAAUAAAAAUAAUUCAAAUUGUGUUGGAUAAGCGAAAAAGAUGGACUGUUAGAAACUUUCUUAUUCGAAUCAUUCAAGAAGAACGUUACUUGUAAUCUCGGAAGAACUUAUGAGUCCAAACAUCCUUAUAUUAGACAAACCACAAAAGAAUUCAUCCAAAUUCCUGGUGCUUCUUUUAUUAGUAUCGUCUUCGAUUCAAAUUCAAAUCUUGACCCAAGAGAUACAGCUGUUUUCAGCUAUGAUGAAUUUGGUAAGAAAUUAGUUGAAGAAAAGAAAAUUGAAGCUAUAAUCAGCGAAGCGAGAUGGAGAGAAGAACCUUGUGGAAGCAAAGUCACUUUUUCAGAAGAAAAUUCACAAGUUACCAGAGUCAAGGGAAGUGGAUGGGGCAACGCAAUUUGGUCUGAAGACUACUCAGAUGGUAGAAAUUAAAAUUACGUUGAGCCAAUCUAUCCUCUUAAAACCUGCAGAUAAACGACUCAAAGAGGAGUAGAACUGAGAGAGACGGAGGUAAGUGGCUGAAUUAAAAAAUACCUUGAGGUACCAUAGGAAAUUGUUUAUAAUUAACUAAAAAUACUCUGACGGUACAGUUAGUAUCAAAUUCAAGAUAGAAUCUGAUGGAGACUCUGAUUAUUGGUACAUUGGAGUUUAUAGGACUGCAAAGGAUGUCCAAAACUAUGACCUAAAUGAGUACAUAGGAUGCGACUGUCCUCAUGAUGUCUGGAGUUGGAAAAAAACUGGAGAAGUUCACAAGAAAGGAUGGUUCAAAGGUGGGUUCGAAGGAUUUAAGGAGGGAGAUGAAAUCACAAUGUUUAUUGAUAUGAACUUAAGAGAACUGACUUUCUUUAAUGGAGCUCUUGAGGUCUUCAAGUUCACGGGGAUUGCUUCUUCAGUCACCCCAGUGAUCUGCUUUGGCUCUUUAAAUCAAGUCAUUACUGUGCUCAGUGUUGAAAGAAUGGCUGGGUCCAAACCUCUUUCUGAAAGAAACUUGGAUAUUAUAGGAGACUCAGUCUAUUAUUGGAUCCCAGUUCAUAAAACUGCUAUAUCUUCUAUACGUGUAUAGUUCGCUGAAAAUAGAAUAGUUUAAAUAAUAGUCUUUCAUUAUUAUCAAAUCUUCUUGAAAUGGUAUAAUAUUAAGCAUGUAUGGGACAGCAAUCAGAACGGAGCUGCACUCAACGCGAAUAAAACGACUGUCACAAAGUCAACAAGUGAUAAAACUUACCAUGAAACUGAAGCUGAAAUGAGAAACGGCAAAUACUACAUCGAAGUCUCUGUUGAAUCCAAAGGAUAUGUAGGCGUUGGCUUUACCAAGAAGAGCUUGAUCAAUGAGAACACUAUUGAAGGAAGUGAGCAAACUGUAAUUUAUUAUAGUAAUGGAAAACUUGGCACUGCUGACAGUGCCAGCUAUGACCAAAACGACGUCAUUGGGAGCUAUAUCGAUUUUGAUAAAAACGAAAUCGCGUUUUAUAAGAAUGAAAAAUUGCUAGACACUGUCCAAGUGGCUCUUAAUAUCGAAGACUCAGAAGAUUGUUUCAAAUUCAUUGCUGUCUUAUCAGAAGAAAACCAAAGCUUAGCAAUCAAUAAUUCAGGAAAAUAUCCUGCAGGUGUUGAUCUCAUGAAAAUCGACUCUGAACAAGAAACUGAAUUAUGGGGCUAUCAAUUCUCCUUAACACCUAAUUUCAAAGGAAGAAACACUAAACUCAUUGAUUCCUAUUUGAGUUUUGCAUCAGCUGGCGACAGAGAAAAUUGGAGAGAAAACUAUAAGCCUACCUAUUCCAAAUUUUUCAAAGAUGGCAUAGCACAGCAAUUUAUUGAAUUCAUGAAUGGCUACCUAGACGCCAAUUCAAUCAAGUACAUAAAUAAAUUUAAUCGUUUAUGUCUUCUGUUUAACGUCCGCUACCACAUCGCUACACAGGCUUCCAUCCCUGCUUUGAAGUUCCCAAUAUAUCAUAGCGUCGUGUAUCACCUUCUUCAUCUCUGGAUAGUCACUCGAUAUCCGAGCGUUCGGAUUUCUGACGCCUCUCUUCCAGCUCUCAGGCUUGAACAUAGUCUCAUGCACAGAAAUUUCAAGAAAUGAAAUUUCUGGCUGACUGUCGGCAAAGUGUCCAACUAAGAGCCAAAAACAUAACUCUUGGUUUCAGCCUAGGUAGUUACCUGAAUGGUCAAAAGAUACUGCUGGGCUGCCCAUUCCAAACUCUAAGCCUUUCCUUUACCACAAGGUAAAAUUCAAACUGGAAAAAGACUUGGAUUAGGCUCCGUUCACUGCCUGAAUUACUCAUCAGAUACUGUUGCCCAUUUCUGAAUUCAAGAUAUAAUUAGAUAUGUGCUUGAGGCUGUAUGGCUGGGAGCCCAUUCCUUGAGACGCCAAUUUCAAUUAGUUUCGAUAGUAUGCUGAGCAAUAAUGCAUUGUGUAUUUCUCCAGAAGAGUUAAUCUAUUAUCCAGACUUACAAAAAUUAUCAGAGGCAGAGCUAUUUAACUUGAAAGAAAUUUUGUUUAACUUCUGCUCAAGAUUCCAAAAUUACUUCUAUCUGUUUGAUUUGCACACUGAAGCAGAUGAGCCAGAAAACUCUCUCAUGAAAUUUAUUAAGAAGGCCAAGUAUUAUUUGUUAUCAAGAUUCAAGAAGGAAAGAUUGGAAAACCAUCUUGAUGGGACUAAAACUGAAUGCAGAAUUGACAUUACUAUCGAUAAAGCUAAAGCACAAGAAAUAAAAGCUAAAGGGGAAGUUGAUCAUUCUGCAACUGCUUCAAUGUUUAGUCAAAUAAGCAGAGCCUUGGGAGCGGCAGCAAAUAAAACUCUUACUCCCCACCCCUUUAAAUUGGAACAAAAUAUAGGUAAAAUUUCCCACUUUUUUGGUAAUUAAUCCCCUUUAAAUUGGAACAAAAUUUAAUUUUAUAAUAAACAAUUUUUAUAAAUCAUAAUUUUUAUGUAAAAAGAUUUGAUAUAAUUUAAAUGUUUCUUCUUAACUAAAAUUAAAAAUUUAGUUGUACCCUGCUCUUGUUUAAAGAAUAGAGUAUAAAGAGUAUCUUAUUUAAAUAAAUUUAUUAUCCUUAAUUGUAAAUUUUUAAAAAAUUUUAUUUUUUUUUGAUAAAAAUGAUAUUUUUUAUUUAAAUAGCUUUGAUAUAAAUUCAAUGCGAAAUUCUUUACAAAAAUUCGAAAUUUACUUAUCUCUUGCUUUAUUUUAAAGAAUAGAGUAUAAAUAACAUCUUAUUUAAACAAAAUUAGCACUUUGGUUAAUAAAUUUUCUAAAAUUUUUUUUUUUAUCAAUAAAAAUAAUAAUUUUUGUGUAAAUAGUUUUGAUACCAUUUAAUAGUGGCGUAUUAAUUAAUAAUAAAAUUUUAGUUAUAUCUUGCUUUGUUUUAAAAGAUAAAGAGUAAAUAGCAUUUUAUUAAACGAAUUUAUUAAUCUAAUUCGAUAAAUUUUUGAAAUUUUUUUUUUUUUAAAUUUUAUAUAGAUUUUUUUUUUAUAAAAAAAUUUUAUAAUGAUUUUUUUUUUAAAACAAUUUUCUUAACCCCCCUUUAAAUUGGAACAAAAUUUUUAGUUCCAAUUUAAAGGGGGGGAGUUAGACAUCCUGAAAGAAUGUUCAAAUUUGCAUACAAGCCAGAAGGAAUCCAAGAUGAUGCUGGCAAGUAUAAUGAAUUAUUAACAGAACUUUCUAAAGAGCUUCAAUCUCCAUUACUUCCACUUUUGAUCCCAUCUCAAAAUAACGUCCUUAACGUAGGCAAUGGAAGAGAUAAUUGGAUGAUAAAUCCAACCUCCACUCUCCCAGCUCAUAUGCACCUAUUCACCACUCUUGGAAAAUUCUUCGGUUCUGCAAUCCGUACCAAGCUGAGGCUGAGACUUUCACUCCCUGUUAUUGUAUUUAAGCAUCUUCUAUACGAAAACGUUACAACCGAAGAUUUAAGAGACUUUGAUUUCCCACUCUACAAGUUUUUGCAUAAAUUAAGGAACCUUGAAGCCUAUGGAAUUACUGCGGACAACUUUGGCCAGCAAAUUUCUGAGAAGUUCAUAGUGAAAUAUGGAGAAGAAGUUGUGGAACUUUGUGAAGGCGGAGCCAAUAUUGACGUUACUUUUGAAAAUGCUGCCCACUAUGCUGAUCUAUUAGAGAAGCACAAAUUAUUUGAAAAUCCUAACUGGCCCCCCCAUCCUUGAUCGAACGACUCGCCAUCGUUCGAUCAAGGAUGGGGUUAAAAAAUUUUUUUUUGAGAAAACAAAUUUAUAUAUAAAAUAAAAAAAUACAUAUAUAUUUUUUUAUUUACUUUAAAUAAGAGGGUUAAGAGUAUUUAAUAAUUAUUUUUACAGCAAAAAAUUGAAUUAAUUUCAAAAAAUACCAAUGUUAAUAUUUUGAUUUAUUAGUUACCCUUUUAAACUGUAUAAAUUUUUAUUUGUUCCUUAUUGAAUUAAAAUUUAUUUUUUUUAAUCUCUAUUUUUUAGAUUAUUGAAUUUUUAAGCCUAGGUUGAUGGCUAAAUCACUUCGGAUGGUUGAUUCCGCAGCUUUCUGUCGUCUCAAUGCUCUGAAAACAACUUCAUUAGGUACAUCUUCCUAAGCUUUUGAUAACUAAUAUAUUUUUAUAUAUAUACAAAUUUGCAUGAUAUGAAAAUCGUUCGAUCAAGGAUGGGGGUAAUUUCCCCAAUUUUUAGGAAUUUUUACAGUCAAUCGUUCGAUCAAGGAUAGGGGGGAGUAAAGCUUACGAUUCUAUAAGGAAAGGUGUGGCUGCUGUUGUUCCUAUUGAUAAAUUGAACCUAUUCACAGCUGCUCAACUACGUGAACUCAUAUGCCUGAAUCAAGAAGUCAAAUUAGAAGUCUUAGAAGAAAACACCGUUUACGAAAAUUGCAGAAGAACAGAUCCGCACAUUGAAAACUUCUGGGAAGCAAUUAAAUCAUUAAAAGAAAGUGAGCUUGCCAAAUUUAUUGACUAUAUUGCUAGAAGGUCUAAGAUUACUGAGUGGGAUUGGCCUCUUAAAUUUACAAUAGCCAAGCACAGUAAAUCCGGAGCAGUAAAUACAUUGGUUCCUAUUAUCGACAAUACUAUAUUCAGACUUGAGCUGCCAGCUUAUACAUCUCCAGAAAUCAUGAAAGAGAAGAUCAUAUUUGCGAUUUCCCACAAUAGCAAGUUUGAUUCUUUAGACAUUAAUAUUUAA